UACCGAGUGCCGAUUAAACUUACUUGGAGGAGGGGAUAAGGGAUGUUCAUUCUUCUCUCCUGGAGGCAUGUGAUUAACUUAACCAUACUUCAGUUCAUUCGAACAUUUGGUGCUGCAUCUGAACAGUUUACUGGUGUCUGCAAAACGGGAACCAUCCUUGUUGCUUAAAAAGGGGUGCUUCUGUUGCAGCCACCAUGGACUGCAAACUGGACCUUUCCAGACUCACAGAUGAGGAGGCUAAACAUGUGUGGGAAGUCAUUCAGAGGGACUUCAACCUGAGGAAGAACGAGGAGGAGAGAUUGGGCGAGCUGAAGACUAAGAUCGAGAAGGAGGACACCAAGCUGGAGCUGCUGGGGUCGGAGACCCCUCUUGCGGUCUCUCACUGCAUUCGCUGCCUGCAGCCCUUCAAGUUCCUGGUGAACAGCAAGCGAGAGUGUCUGGACUGCAAGCUCUCCAUCUGCAAGGCCUGCAGCCGCUACAACAAGAAGGAGAUGGGAUGGGUGUGUGACCCCUGUCGGAUGACCAGGGUCCUGAAAAUCGGCAGUGCCGGAUGGUACCAUGACAACGUACGCAACCGCUUCAAGAGAUUCGGCAGUGCCAAAGUGAUGAAGUCCCUCUACAAGCGUCUGAACGGAGAGGGAACUCGUGAAGAUGAUACACAGAGCAUGCCGGAUGUUCGCCACACAUCCAAUGGCCACGAGGAAGAGCAUGCGGAGGCCGAAGCGCAGCGCUACAAGAUGAUGCGCAAGAACAAGCGGCUGCUCUCUGUCCACCCCCUGGAUUUCGACGUGGAGGAGUAUGUACCCUACUCCCACUCCCGACGACAGUCCUUCCAGCUCAUCCAGGAGGAGCGAGGCGAGUACAGGAACGAUGUGGAGUACCUCAACGACAUGCACCACCACCGCAUGAACCGCAGGAAGAGUCUGGACAAGUACAUGCGGCAUGAUGAAGGUCCAUUCGCAGACCCCAGGAUGGUGCGCGCCCGCUCCCUGUCCAAGAUCGGCUCGUCCAUGGCUCGCCAGCAGUACGUGGACACGUCAGAGGAGGAGGAGCUCCAACGCUACCCCAUGUACCAGCCCCCGCCCCGCCGCCGACCCAGCAGAGCCUCCUCCCAGGAGAACCUGGGGGGACCACCGCCGAUAAAUGAGUUGAACAAACGCAUGUCCGCCAUCGAGAGCCUCCUUAACCGACUAGAGGAGAAGAUAACCGUGCCCCCUGAUGAGACGACCCCUCAGACCACCGCUCAGCUGGAGGAGGAGAAACUCCGGCGGAAGCUGAGCGAAUUGGCGGGCAACGUCAGCGACAAGGGUCUCUCCUCCGACGAGGAGACGGGGAAGAAGCUGUCCCUGGUCAAGGGGACCCCUGUGAGGAGUGGCCCCUCGGCGGCCCCUCCACGGGACCCGGUCCUGAGCUCCUCCAGUGACGAGAUGCCCACCGAGGCUCAGAAGAGAUCCACUGCGGCGGCCCUCUGUGACAUCACCACAGAGGUUCUAAGAACCAUUAAUGCCACUGAAAGUGCAAUGACCGAAUACGGCCCAUCAAAGCCUAUUGACAGAUCCCUUUUAAUUGGGACUGAUGUAAAGCAAGCAGAUGAGGCUUACAGGGAACUUGAGGAAAAUGUGUACAUGACCGCCGGGAAGUCGUUCGACCUGGAGAAGAAGCUGAGGCUACUGGAACACAGCGCUACCAACCGCUUCGGGGGGGCCACGGACUCAGAGCUGUCUGAGCUGGAGGACGCGCUGGCCAUCACGGCUGCCAGAGUUCAGAGCACAGAGAGCGAGGUGUCCGACAUUGAGAAUAAGAUUGCUGCCCUCAGUGCCACAGGAGGGGAUAAGGCUAAGAAAAAGGUCACAGGCAGUCAGCAGAGGAAACGAUACACCCAGGACUUUCCCACAAAAACCAGCAAUGGCUCAGGGUCUCUCCGGAAAUAAACAAACUUGUAAAGGACUGUGUCGGCGUCUGUCCCUUGACACUAUGUGGUUCAACUAAGCAAAUAAGCUCCCAUCCCUUAACUUUGAUUCUUCACAUAUUUGCCAACUUUGAUAGAUGAUCAUACAAGUAAUUACUCCCCUGGGUUACUGCCCUGAAUAACACAUCUUUUCCAAAGCGUGUGUGUACAUGUGUGUGUGUAUAUCUAUGUGUUAGGUAUGGUUUGUUACUACUGAGAUCUGAUCUGAUUGAGCUCCUCUCUCUGCUUCAGAAUAGCUUAUUGUGCUCAAGGCCCUAGGAUCAAAGUGCUAGAAAAAAAAGAUUAAGUGUAUUGGUAAAGAUCAGUGUAUUUAUCAGCUAGUUGCUUGGCAAAUGUUUUCUUGUAUGUCUGGAAUGAUACUGUUAAUCCCAAAUCACCUGUAAAGAUAAUGCACUGUUGGUUGUGCCACCAGUGAUUGUGUAUAUCACAAUCCAAAUGGCUCUUGUUGAAGGAUAAUAUUUAUCUCUAUCUAUAUAUAUUGAUCUACAUAGAUAUAAAUGAUGUUUAUGCUCAUUUGAAAGUCUAUACUAUAGCAAAUUAUAUUGCAAAAAGCUGCAAGGAGUUUAUGUACAGCUUAGGCUAUCAUAUAUGUGCUUGUAUCCCAUAAAUUAUAGAACAUUCA